UUUUUUGGUAGGGUUCAACUGAAACUCGCAGCCUCUAUUUGAGAUCAGGAGAAGAUGAGACCUAUCUUGAUGAAAGGCCAUGAGAGGCCUUUAACAUUUCUUAAGUACAACAGAGAAGGUGAUCUUCUCUUCUCCUGUGCUAAAGACCACACUCCCACAGUCUGGUUUGCUGAUAACGGGGAGCGGUUGGGGACUUACAGAGGCCACAAUGGUGCUGUUUGGUGUUGCGAUGUAUCAAGGGAUUCGACGCACCUCAUCACUGGAAGUGCGGAUCAGACAGUAAAGUUAUGGAAUAUUCAGACUGGGGCGCAGCUUUACACAUUCAAUUUUGAUUCACCGGCUAGAGCGGUAGAUUUUUCGGUUGGUGAUAAGCUUGCUGUAAUCACCACCGACCCAUUUAUGGAACUGCCUUCGUCCAUUCUUGUCAAGCGCAUUGCCAGAGACUCUGAAGAGCAGACUGGUGAAUCUGUGCUCACAAUCAGGGGACCUCAAGGGAGAAUUAAUAGAGCUGUCUGGGGACCCUUGAACCGGACUAUAAUAAGUGCUGGGGAAGAUGCAGUCGUCCGGAUAUGGGAUUCCGAGACAGGGAAACUGCUUAAAGAAUCAGACAAAGAAACUGGUCAUCAGAAGACGAUUACAUCGCUGUCAAAAUCUGAAGAUGGUUCGCAUUUCCUCACUGGCUCUCUUGAUAAAUCUGCGAAGCUCUGGGACAUAAGAACGCUUACUCUUAUCAAGACAUAUGUGACGGAGCGCCCAGUCAAUGCUGUUGCCAUGUCUCCACUUCUUGAUCACGUGGUGAUGGGAGGUGGUCAAGAUGCAUCACAUGUCACAACAACUGAUCGUCGUGCUGGAAAAUUUGAGGCAAAAUUCUUUCACAAAAUUCUGCAAGAGGAAAUUGGGGGUGUAAAAGGGCAUUUUGGACCUAUAAAUGCUUUGGCAUUCAACCCUGAUGGAAGAAGUUUCUCAAGUGGAGGUGAAGAUGGGUACGUGAGAUUGCAUCACUUUGACCCGGAUUACUUCAAUAUCAAGAUGUAGCUUGUUAACACACUUUUAAGUUGGAGCAAUUUUCCCUUUAUUUCUCUUACUCAAGCUUUCUUC